AUGUCUGUCUCUCGAGUUUCACGGUUGGGGAUCAAGCAGACGCGGCAGUAUGGUACUGCGGUGUCGGGAAGUCCCAAACCGCCCUUGAGCGGGCUCAAUGCUGCUGUCCGGGCUAAGGCCGAGCAGCUUUCAGCUCAGUGGAAGGGUACGAGCGCGACUGGAGGGGACACCAAAAACUACAUAGGGGGCGAGUUUGUCCAAAGCAAAGCGUCGGACUGGAUAGAUGUGGUGGACCCCUCUACUCAAACUGUACUCACUCGAGUACCCGAGACCACUAGCUCGGAAUUCGACCAAGCAGUCAAGGCUGCGGACGAGGCAUUUAAGACGUGGAGGAAAACCAGUGUGCUGACCCGGCAGCGAUUCGCUUUGGAAUUGCAGCACCAAAUACGUCAGCAUGGUGACGCUUUGGCUACGAGCAUAGUACUGGAGCAAGGGAAGACAUUCCAAGAUGCCCACGGUGAUGUCCUGCGUGGACUGCAGGUCGUGGAAACAGCAUGUGGCAUCCCAUCUUUACUGCUCGGUGAUAAGAUUGAAGUGAGCAAAGAUAUGGACACGGAAACUCGCAGACUACCCCUUGGAGUUUGCGCAAGUGUUGCCCCGUUCAACUUUCCCGCGAUGAUUCCACUGUGGACAAUACCAAUGGCACUAACCACCGGCAACACACUGGUGCUGAAACCAUCAGAGCGUGACCCUGGUGCUGCUAUGAUCAUUGCUGAAUUGUGUGAACGCGCAGGUUUGCCACCGGGUGUACUGAACGUCAUCCACGGCACUGUUCCGACCGUCAACGCCAUUUGUGAUCAUCCGGCCAUUAAGGCCAUUAGUUUCGUGGGUGGUGACCGUGCUGGACAUCACAUAUACGAGAGGCAUGCAAUUUGGCCUUCGCCCUCCUUGACCCGCAACGGCAAACGCGUCCAGGCUAACUUGGGCGCCAAGAACCACGCUGUAAUCAUGCCAGAUGCUAACAAAAAUCUGGCCCUCAACUCCAUCAUUGGUGCAGCGUUUGGAGCUGCCGGCCAGAGAUGUAUGGCUAUAUCUGUCGCUGUGCUGGUGGGGACCGCACAGUCAUGGUUGCCUGAGUUGAUUGAGCGGGCUAAGAAGCUCAACGUCAAUGGUGGCUUCGAGAAGGGUGUCGAUUUCGGUCCUGUUAUCUCUCCGGCCGCGAAGAAACGCAUCGAAGGACUCAUCGCCUCUGCGGAAGAAGAGGGCGGAAGAAUUCAUCUUGAUGGUCGCGGGGUCCAGGUGCCCGGCUAUCCUGACGGUAACUGGGUCGGCCCCACCAUCAUCGAGGCUGUCACGACUAUGAGGUGCUAUAAGGAGGAAAUCUUUGGUCCCGUCUUGUCUGUCAUUACGGCGGAUACCUUGGAUGAUGCGCUCGACAUCAUCAAUGCUAACAAGUACGGUAACGGAGCUGCUAUCUUCACUCAGUCUGGUGCUACCGCUCGCAAAUUUGAGAGCGAGGUCUCGGUCGGUCAGAUUGGUGUCAAUGUUCCCAUCCCCGUGCCCCUGCCGAUGUUCUCCUGGAGCGGGAAUAAGGCAAGCUUCCUGGGCGACAUUGCGUUCUAUGGCAAGAGCGGUAUCAACUUCUACACACAGAAUAAGACGACCACAAGCUUGUGGCGGGCGGAGGACGCUACAGGGAACCGCGCAUCUGUGGAUAUGCCUACUCACCACUAA